AUGAAAUCGUCUUGCCCCUUUUGCAGCAAGCGGUACAGCUCCUCCGCGAACUUCGAUAAACAUCUUCGAACUACACAUCCAUUUGAAGCAGAUGAAUGGCUGGGAAACCAAUUUUUACUCCUGGAGCGCGAUCAAGAGGCACCCGAUGACACUCACGACAGCCCGGAAGGCAUUCACGAUUCCUAUUCAGAUGCCCAUGACGACUCGGAUAGUUCGGAGAGCAACAGUAUCAAUUAUCAUGACCAAGAUCCCGAUAAUAAUUCAGAUCUGGAAUCCGAAUCAUAUUUUAUGAUGGAAGAGACAGAUGGAGAUGCAAAUAGGCAUGAGGCAGCGACAACGAUUUACGAGGGUGCUGGGGAGCGUCUCUACCGCUCGGAGGACUACGACGAAUGCUCACAAAACCUUCUCCGAUACCCGUGGCACCCAUUCAACUCAGCAUACGAGUUUAGAAUGGCACGUUAUUUCAUACUGUCGAAGGCCUCACAAGGAAAUAUCGACAGUUUCUUUCUACACGCUCCGUCAAGCAGUGGCGAAUGCUCCUACAGGACUGGGCGAGGUUUUAUAAAAAGGUUGGACGAAAUGAAUGACAUAUUGGGAAAGGCGAGCUGGCAUCAUUCGGAGGUGGAUAUUGGGGGAGAGAAAAUCCCUUACUAUUACCGGGAUCCAAUGGUAAUUGUGCGAUAUCUUCUAGGCCAACGGGCCUUUCGGGAGUCAUUGGUGUACGCGCCAGUGGUAGAGCAUAAUGAAUCUGGCGAGAGAAUGUACGGGGAAAUGCAUACGGGAGAUUUGUGGUGGGAGACGCAGGUCUGUGGGGACAAGAAAGCCUGGCCAAUCUAUCUUACCAUCGGGAACAUCAAGUCAUCGGUCCGGAGCAAGCCCACCGGGCAUUCGUUAAUUCUCCUAGGGCUACUGCCAGUCCCACCUAAGCUCGGGAAGAACUCACUCGCUAAUUCCGCUUUACGACGUCAGAGUCAAAUGGCGCUGCAUCGCGCCCUUGGGGAGAUCUUUCAGAGCAUUCGGGAGUGCUCUCAGGAAGGUGAGCUAAUCGCAUGCGCCGACGGGUACGAACGUCUAUGCUUUCCGGUGUUGUCGGGUUGGAUCGCUGAUCAACCUGAGCAUUCAAACUUACAAAAUAUUAGUACUAGCUCUUGUCCAAGAUGCGAGGUGGAAUUCCACAGUCUUGGGAGCACUCGCCGGAGCCCUACGCGCGAUCACGAGGAUUACCGGGAGAGGGUAAAGCUAUUCAGGGAGAACCCGGGAAACCUGGGACCGGUGGAAUACCUUGUCGCGAGAUCAGUAAAGACACUCUUCAAUGCUUUCUGGGGUAUGCCGAGGGUUAAUCCAUACGAUCUCAACAAACCGGACAUUCUGCACAAUAUAUACCUAGGGAUGUUGAAGCACAUGAUGGAGUGGGUUCAGGCUUUCUUGAAGAAGCACAAUCGAUUGGAGGAAUUUGACAAAGCUUGGGCCUCGAUUGCGCCUUACCCUGGACUGGCAGUACCGAACAAGGCAUAUCGUGCCACAACCCAAUGGCAAGGGAAGGAGAUGAGAAAUCUGGGGCGGGUCGUUCUUGGAGCACUCGCGGCUGCUUUGAGAAACCCGGGGGUGGCUGUCAGGGGCGACUUCGCAAAGGCAUUGAAAUGUGUACGAGGCUUAAUCGACUUCCACUUAAUGGCGCAGUAUGGGAGUCAUAAGACGAGCACACUGAAUUAUAUGGAGAGCUAUCUCGAGGAUUUCCAUAAGCACAAGGAUAUCUUUUUAGAAUUCCGGGCGUACAAGAGGACGGUUAAGGAUGCGAGAGAUCGGACAAAAGCUGUGAAGACCUCAGGCUCCCAGAGCGCUCAGCGAGGUUUGGAGGAGAUUCGCGAGAUACGGGAAAGGUCUCACUUCAACUCCAUCAAAUUGUACGUGUUAACGCACUAUCGGGAACAUGUCGAGCGCUUUGGGAGCAUUCCCCAGUGCUCCACCGACAUCAGCGAACUCGCCCAUGUACGUCAGAUAAAAGAGGCAUACGGAGCAUCCAACAAGGUCGAUGCUGCAACGCAGAUACUGGACUAUGGGGGGCGGCGGUUGGCGUUAGAGAUUCGAAUGCUGAAUCUGAAAGACAUUGUUGGAGGUCCUGAGAGCACUGACGACAUCCUUUGGAGCCAUCGAGAUAACCUGAAGGAGUUACUUGAGAUUUUUAAAAUCGAAGACCGGAAAAAAACACCAAAUGAACGAUCCAUAGUAGAAGGCCGACUGCCUCUAAGGCGUCUUUGCAACCCCUCCACGAAAUCGGAAAGACUUUUCAAUAUUGCGGAUGGACUGCAAAUAAGCCAUACCACGUUAUAUCGCCUGAUGAAGGAGUAUGCAGAGGAUGCGGGAUGCUCUCAAAGCUUUGCCGGAAACUCUGAGAGCAUUUUAGAGCGCCGGGUGGAGAUGUUCACAUGUUUGCAGGUUCCGAUACCAAUCUUCCAAAGACCUGAGGUGUACGAGGUUCACAAUAUCAGGUGUACGGGAAACGCGGCUUUUAGGAAAGGGAAAAUAAGAAAGGAUUGGGUAUGGGUGUCAGUAGCGUCCUCAGAGGAGUGGGGAGUGUUUCGGGGACGCUUACCAGGACGUGUCGAGGCUUUGUUCAAGCUGCGGGACAGUGGGGGGCGAGCACAUAGACUAUGUAUAGUGGAGCUACUCGAGGCAAAGGAUCGUGGUAUCGCUGAUAGCUCACAUGGGCUCCUGAAGGUUUGUAGGAGGAGGAGGAAGAGGAUGUGGGUCGUUAAUAUUCGGAGUAUAUUGGGAAUGGCCCAUUUGUUUGAGGUGGAGACUGGUAAUUGCAAGCUCGCUCCAGGAUGUCAAUGCCAGUCCAUGUUUGCUGCUUAUGCAUGGACAUUGAGCUUUUCAGACGAGCCGUACCAUGGCCUCAACCUCAAGGCUAAUUAUGCCUUUCACGAAUCGACAGAAUCAUACACGUCCGUCAAAGGUUGGGUAGUCGUCACCAGUAUACAGGACAGUGCUCGUAUCAGUAUCCCGCGACUGACCGUACAGCGGCGUUGA